AAGACGCUGGCUGCGUAUUGUCACCACUAUUCAUUCCACCUUCGAGUCCAUCCCUGACCUCCUCACGGUCUCAAUCAGCAUUCGCCCUUCUAUAACGCCGACAAACAAUUCCUCAAAUUGUGAACACAUUCACUACCUCGCCUUGCUCCAGUCUCUACCUUAUCCCCUCUACCCCGAAAUCAGGACAGAAUUGUACUUGUACUGCAUCUUCGCAUCAUUUACGACAAAUUCUUGAAUACUUGCCACCUAAAACUCCGAGGAGUCACUGACUGCCGCUGGCUCUGCACUCCACGUGACCGAGCUACUUUUCACUCAUCACUCAGGGCUCCCUCCAGCAACGAUGGCCGACCUCGAUGCAGAACUCCUCGCUCUCGCCGGAGGCGAUUCUUCCGGUGAAGAAAGCGUACGCUCCUCCCCCAAACCAAAGUCUCCAUCGCCAUCUCGUUCGAAGAGCAAUUCUCGCGUUUCGCCUCAACCAGACAUGUCUCGAAAAGGCGUUGCCAAAACCACAAAGCGCGCUAGGCGCCGCAAAAACUACUCAGAUGAUGAAGACGAGUUAUCGUCGCUUUCUCAACAUUCCGAAUCGGCUUCGAUGUCGCAAUCAGACUCCGAGGCUGACUUUGGUCCUGGCGCUGAUCAACCGAUCUUUCCUUACGAAAAGCUCUAUUACAGUGCCAAAGACAAAGCCGAGAUCGAAGCUCUACCUGAAAUCGAAAGAGAAACCAUUCUUGCAACGCGUAGUGAGCAAGUCGAACAUCAUGAACAAGAUCUACAGCUUCGCCGGAUUGUCGCUGCUCGAGCAAGAGAAGAGGCUAAAAAUGCUGCGAAGAAAAAGCGGAAAGCAAGCGUGGCAGACCUGGAUGAAAAUCAGCGAAAAUCCACCAGACAGCGAACAAAGGUUGGCGGUGGUCGUGCUGGGGAAGCAAGUAGCGCCAUCGAAGCAUACAAGUUACAGAGGGCAGAGAAAAGUCUUCGGGACGAGCAGCGCAAGAAGGGUGACUCUGCUAGACGAUCAGCAUCCCCGAGAGACAACUUCAGUGACGCCGAUGCCGAUGGCGAGAGCGACAAUGACUACGAAGAUAGGAGAUACGACAGACGUUCCCCAACCCCGCCCAAAGACGAUCCUGCCGCUGAGUUAGGCGACAUUCAAAGAGCCAGAGUUGGUCGCGACAACUUUGCCCAAGUCUGCUACACCCCCGGCUUUGAGGACGCCAUCACCGAUUGCUACGCUCGUGUAUGCCUGGGCCCCAAUUCCCGCAAUCCCGGCGUCAAUGACUAUCGCCUUUGCCUCAUUAAGGGGUUUGCCAAGGGUCCGCCGUACGCGAUGAUAGGAACCAAUGGCCGGCCAUUUCCAGUGGACAUGUAUGUCCGAGCAGCUCAUGGAAAGUCAGAAAAGUUAUGGUCGUUCCUCGAGUGCUCCAUGUCAAAGAUCACUGACGACGAGUGGCGACGCUAUCGAUCCACCAUGGCGAAUGAAGACCUUAAGAUGCCAACCAAAGGUCUAAUCAACUCGAAACUCAAUCAGAUCGGCCGACUCUUGUCACAUCGCUUUACCGAAGCUGAAAUCUCUGGAAAGAUGAAGAGACAAAACGACCUCAUGGAUAAGAUCAACAGGAGGCAGGAAAAGGACAGUCUGAGGGAGAAGAUUGCCGAGGCCAAGAUGGAUGGUAAUGAGGAAUUGGUUGUCGAGUUGGAAGAACAACUGGCGGUGAUCGUCCCAAUGAAACUUGCAUUCAAGACCUCGCUUUCCCGCGGCGAUGGAGGGUUUGUCAACAAGGACUCAGAGAAACUGGCCGAGCUGAAUCUACGAAAUCAAAGACUGAACGCAGAGAAUGUGCGUAAAGCACAAUUGGCCGAAAUCCGACAGCGAAAGGCUAAAAAGGUCGCGCCAGGAAUCGAUGAAUUGUUUGAAGGCGGCAGCGACAUCAGUCGCACGGGAACGCCAGUCAAUGGGGCAAGCACUCCAAGAGGACCAAUUUCGCGUGUCGGUACUCCAAAUCCACUGACGAGCUCUAACGGGGUCCCGAGAAGUUCAACGCCGAACCCACUUAUCAUUAAGGCAACGGAGAAAAAGAAAGGAGGUCUUCCAACGAUUCGAAAGGCUGCCCUCGACGACGAGAUUCUCGCAAACAUGGAUCUCGGCAUUGAUAUCGAUAUCUGAAUUGCGACAGCCGCGUAUUGCGCAUUGUGCUAUUGGCCGCGCCUUUUGCCAUUGUACGGUAAUGGAGGCUUCGGGGAAAGUCUCUUGAACUUGUCGAGGCUAGACAUAGACUGGCCUUGGAUGAAUCAAAAGGCCUUGGUUCUUGAGCUCACCCACAAAAACACGAUUGGAAUUUUAAUCAGUCAUAGACGAGUUUCCAUAGACAUUGUCCAUCAAAAAAAAAGGCCUUGCUUGUCAGAAUCCAGCCCAAAACAUCGUCUCAAAGCGAUCUAUCGGAGGAGCUGGUCUAGUCAGGCUUUGGUUCCCUUUCCAUCCUGUGGUGGAUGGUGCUGAGGUGCAGGAGACCAGUGGUUGAUUACGACGCCCACCAUGAUGAUGAGGCUCCAAGCAAUUCCUCGCUACAUGGUUACUCUCUCUUCCUCUCGCUGGAAGUGCCUACUGCGAUCAGACCUCAGCAGCAGAGACAACUCACAAGUGAGAUGAAACACAUCAAAUCAGAUGGAUCCAAUUGACAAAUGUCUUGGUGCUCCUCCCUUUUGACGUGUCAACAUGUGCAUUGCAGAGAUGAACAAGGAACAUGACUGCAGUCAUCCCAACAUGGGGGCUAGCGGGUGCGAUGCUGGAGAUAUACAUUGGCGGUCAAAUGAGGAGUGACUCUGAGGGCGGGAAAAGGAAAGCCAGCCUCAACAUCACGAGGUAUCCAUUCAUUCCAACAGACCCUACGUCCGUCCGUGUUCGUCUGGCCCCGACAUUGUCUUGUUUCUCUGAACAACGAACGUCGUGGUCCUGGUUGACCCCGCGCCGGAACGAGUCUGUGUGCUUAUGCAUCAGACAUGGCAUCUUUAUUCGGGCUGGAAAUUGAGUCGUCGAGCUCGACGAUCAGUGCCUUCUGGUGUCCUAUCACCGUCUCCACCACUGAACCACUGAACGGCAGACUGGAUGGCUAGGCGUGCCAGGUUGGGUCCGUGGUAACCCACCACACCACACAAGUAAGUACUUACCGUAGACCAAAAAUCCUUGACGCAAGAAUCGAUACGAGGACUGAGCGUAGAUAACCAAUCGCAAGCAUGAAGAAAAGCAAUGGAAUUGGGAGU